AUGAAUCGUUUCAACUUGACAUCACUGUAUAGAAACCUGAAGGUAAAGUGUCGAUCCUCCAUGUACCCGGUCGCGGUAAAUUGCUUCUGGACACACUUCCCACCUCUAAAUGACACCAUACACGUCGAAUACAUCGCCACAUACAGGGUUGGAUACAACAAAUCUGCAGAGACCAAGACCUGCUUCCAGGAGACACCCAGCUCCCCAACCUGCAUCUUGGAUGAAAUCGUAGUGUUAUCCAAAGAGCCUCACGUGCUCAAUGUCACAGCCAUCCUCCCUGGGGGCAUCAACACUACCCUCUUUCCCUUUGUGCCUGAGGAAUUCAUUUGUAGCCAGAGGGCGCCCGUGAGCAUGGGAAUCUGGUCCAGGUCUCUGCCCACCGCCCUUCAGGGAACCUACCUUUCCCGGGUGGGCCCCACUGAAGACACCACCUUAAUUAUCAAGGCACUGCAACCGAAGGGCAAGUACUGCAUUCAGGUCAAAGCUCAGCAUUACUUGGACUAUGGGCAGCCAAGCGAAUGGAGUCCUGCUGCUGUUUACACUAUCACUCCAUUCAAGUAG